AUGUUAUUUAGACUUCCGCAAACUUUUAAAUCGUGCGUUGCUUUGUUGAGCUCGUGGUUCUACUUUUUUAAUCUGGUUCAUGUUCCCUAUACAUUACUGAUCCAUUAUUUAAAACCUGUAUUUGUAACUUCGGCUAAAGAGCGUCUUCGAAAUGUUGACAUAUCCAAGUACAACUAUUUCACACAAUUCCCUCUUUCAAAAGAAACGCUAAAGGGAUUAAAAAUGUCAGGUUAUACAAAGCCUACUGCUGUUCAAAAGUUAGUACUGAAACCUGCUCUCCUUGGAUCAGAUGUGGUCGUUGAAGCACCUACUGGCAGUGGUAAAACUAUAGCUUUUCUGGUCCCUAUGCUUGAACUACUUUAUGAAUAUAAAGCAUCUAUGUUAGACGGUCCAGUUGCUAUUAUUCUUACACCAACUCGAGAGUUGUCGCGACAGAUUUGCAGUGUAUUGGUUAAAAUUGCUCGUGAACACCGUUUCACUAUGAUGAAUAUUAUGGGUGGAAAAACUGCGGCUUUAAAAAAUCAAGAAUGGCAUAGUAUAGCAAGAGCUAACAUUUUAGUUGGAACUCCGGGUAGAAUGGCUCAACAUCAAACAGAGAAUUCACUGUUAGACACGUCUAAUUUACGGCUGCUUAUCUUAGAUGAGGCUGAUCGAUUGUUGGAUCCAACUUUCAAACAAGACUUGGAGAUAAUUCUUCAGAAUUUAACACCUGAUAGACAAACUUUAUUGUUUUCAGCUACCUUAACAAAAGCUACAGAUCAACUUGUUCGUCUGAGUAUGCGUAAUCCAGUGACUGUAUCAACAUGCAAAACAACCACGAGUCCAGAAGAUCUGCACACACCAGCUGAACUACUUCAGUACUAUGCUAUAGUUCCAUUAGAGCAAAAGUUGGACACACUUUGGACAUUUCUACAAAGUCAUUGUAAGAAAAAGAUAAUUGUAUUUUUCUCGACACAGAAACAAGUUCGAUAUGUGUAUGAAUUAUUUCAACAACUUAGACCAUAUUUUAAAGUUCUACAACUUCGUGGUAAUAUGAAUCAACGGAAGCGUUUUCAAGUCUAUGAUCGUUUUGUCAACUGUCCACAAGGCUCAGUUCUACUAGCCACUAAUCUGGCUGAACGUGGUUUAGAUUUUCCCAGUGUUCAUUGGGUUGUUCAGGUUGACUGUCCCCAUCAUAUUGAAGAUUAUAUUCAUCGUGUUGGUCGAACUGCUCGUCAUGGACAUGUUGGACGUUCACUUUUGUUUUUAUUACCAUCAGAAAGUAGUCUUGUUGAUAUCCUCGCCAGACGAUCUGUAGUUCUUAGACCAGUAAAAUUUCCUGAAUCAAAAAUUCAUCGAAGAGUAUCUAAAGAAUCUCCUAGUUUAUUAGCACGUAAACUAGAUUUAUCACAUUCAGCGCGUUUAGCAUUUACAGCCUAUCUACGUGAUUAUUGUUUAAUGGCAAGAGGCAAUAAAACUGUUAAACAACAACAUCAAAAGAUUGAUGAAACACUGAGCAUAUUCAAUGCAAAAGCUUUACCGAUUGAAAAAUUUGCAAUAUCAUUAGGAAUACCAUUCAUAUCAUCCUUACCAAAAGAAUACCUUGAUCUAGUUCCAGAGGCAGCUAAAUUUAUCAAAACAUUUCCUACAGUAUCCAAUUUAUCUGAAGAUAAAUCGUUUGAUGUUAGUCAAAUGUCUAAAGAUGACAAUUUGAACACUAUGAAAAUGGAUUCAAUGCUAUCAAAUAACGAAAAAGAAAGGAGUAAAAGUUUUAAUGAAGAUGAUGAUGAUGAUGAUAAAUCUGUUGAUCUUGUCGAAGAAUCUAGUACAGACGAGGAAGAAAAUUCACAUGAUCAAAUCAUCUCAUCUGUUGCACUUGAACCUGCAAGAAAGUCUGGAAAUAAAAUGAAAAACUUGAACCGUAUACAAUUAGCCAAAAAGGAAUUAAAACAAAAGGUUCGACCUCAUAGAAAAUUGCAGUUCGACGAUGAAGGUCAUAUUAUAUGCGAAAAGAUUGGUAAUGUACCAAUUGCUAAGCCUCCAAUUAUUAUUGAAGAAACUUCUACUGAAAUUUUCGAUGUUGAACGUGAACGUCGUCUACUGCAUGAAGUUAUCGAUAAAGAGGAUAAAAAGUUAUGGAGAGAACGUGUUAAACAACGUCAUCAAACUGAACGCAAAAAACUUAAAGAGGAGAGGAAAAAAUUAUCUCAGUCAGUUGGACCAAAAGUUUCACUGGAAGAGAAUUCAUUGAAUUCCAACGAAGAAUCUGAUUAG